CGCUGAUGUAGUUUAGCUAGCUAGUUUUUGUGGACAUAAUGAUGGAAGAGGAAGAAUUGGAAUUUGCUGAAGAUUUGGAAGCUAUUUUGCACCUUUCUCCGGAGGUGCAAUUGGCCAUUGAGCAGGUUUUUCCCAGUCAAGACCUACUGGACAGAGCUGAUUUCAAUGCUGUUGAAUACAUCAAUACAUUGUUCCCCACUGAGCAGUCACUGGCUAAUAUUGACGAUGUCGUCAACAAGAUCCGUCUGAAAAUCCGGCGUCUGGACGACAACAUUAGGACGGUGGUGAGAGGCCAGACCAACGUGGGCCAAGAUGGCAGACAGGCACUGGAAGAGGCCCAGGUAGCCAUCGGCCAGCUGUUUGGCAAAAUCAAAGACAUCAAAGAUAAGGCUGAGAAAUCCGAGCAAAUGGUUAAGGAGAUAACUCGGGACAUCAAACAGCUGGAUCAUGCCAAGCGUCACCUGACCACCUCAAUCACCACCCUAAACCAUCUACAUAUGCUGGCUGGGGGCGUGGACUCUCUAGAGGCAAUGACGAGGAAGAGGCAAUAUGGAGAGGUGGCGAACCUGCUACAGGGGGUGGUCAAUGUGCUGGAACACUUCCACAAAUACAUGGGCAUCCCCCAGAUCAGGCAGCUCUCUGAACGGGUGAAAGCUGCUCAAAGCGAACUAGGGACUCAGAUCCUGGCAGACUUUGAAGAGACCUUCCCUGCUCAGGGAUCAAAGAGAACAGGGGGACCAAGUAACGUUCUGAGGGAUGCCUGUCUUGUAGCCAACAUCUUGGACCCACGCAUCAAGCAGGAGAUCAUUAAGAAAUUCAUCAGACAGCACCUAUCUGAGUACAUGGUGCUCUUCCAGGAGAACCAGGAUGUGGCCUGGCUGGAUAAAAUUGACAGGCGCUAUGCCUGGAUCAAACGGCAGCUUGUGGACUAUGAGGAAAAGUACGGUCGCAUGUUCCCUGAAGAGUGGUGCAUGACUGAACGCAUUGCUGUCGAAUUCUGUCACAUUACCAGGACAGAGCUGGCCAAAGUGAUGCGGACGCGGGCCAAAGAGAUUGAGGUCAAGUUGCUUCUGUUUGCCAUUCAGAGGACCACCAACUUUGAGGGGCUGCUUGCCAAGCGCUUCUCUGGGUGCACCCUCACAGACGGGCCUGGGUUGAAAAAGUCAGUGUCAUCACUGGACUCCACCAAUCCUUUCUUGGAGGACGAGGCUGGAGAAGAUGGGUCAGAGAAGGAGGAUGAUCUGGAUAGGGCCAAAAAACCCAAGGCUCCUGACAACCCCUUCCAUGGAAUUGUUUCCAAGUGCUUCGAGCCUCACCUUUAUGUUUACAUAGAGUCUCAGGACAAGAACCUGGGGGAGAUGAUUGACCGUUUUGUGUCAGAUUUCCGGGCACAAGGCCCCCCAAAAGCAGGCACUGAGGAUGGAGGAGCGGUGUUGCCUAGCUGUGCAGACCUGUUUGUCUACUAUAAGAAAUGCAUGGUGCAAUGCUCUCAGCUCAGCACAGGGGAACCCAUGAUCGCUCUGACCACCAUCUUCCAGAAGUACCUUAGGGAGUAUGCCUGGAAGAUCCUAUCUGGAAACCUGCCCAAGACUAGUAGUAACAGUGGAGGCUUGACCAUCAAGAGUCUACUGCAGGAGAAGGAGGGGUUUGAAGCUGCCAAGUUCACGGUAGAGGAGCUGUGUCUCAUUUGUAGCAUCCUCAGCACUGCAGAGUACUGUCUGGCCACCACACAGCAGUUGGAGGAGAAGCUGAAGGAGAAGGUAGAUAAGAUCCUGGUCGAGAGAAUAAAUCUAACUGGGGAGAUGGACACCUUCAGCACUGUCAUCUCCAACAGUAUCCAGUUGCUGGUUCAGGACCUGGAUGCUGCCUGCGACCCAGCUCUCACUGCCAUGAGCAAGAUGCCGUGGCAGAGUGUGGAGCAUGUAGGUGACCAGAGUCCUUACGUGACCUCUGUCAUCAUGCACAUCAAGCAGAAUGUGCCCAUCAUCAGAGACAACCUGGCCUCCACACGCAAAUACUUCACCCAGUUUUGUAUCAAGUACACCAACUCUUUUAUCCCUAAAUUCAUCAACCACCUGUUCAGGUGCAAGCCUAUUAGCAUGGUCGGAGCUGAACAGCUCCUCCUGGACACCCACUCCCUGAAGACGGUUUUAUUGGACCUUCCCUCUAUUGGGUCUCAGGUGGUCCGUAAGGCCCCAGCCAGCUACACCAAGAUAGUUGUCAAGGGGAUGACCCGCGCUGAGAUGAUCCUCAAGGUGGUCAUGGCCCCCCAUGAACCCUCCGUGGUGUUUGUGGAUAACUACAUCAAGCUCCUUGCUGACGGAAACCCAGAGACUUUCCAGAAAACUCUGGAUAUGAAAGGUCUGAAGCGCAGUGAGCAGAGUAGCAUGUUAGAACUCUUCAGGCAAAGGUUACCCACUCCACCGUCAGGUGCUGAUGGAGGCCCAUCUCUCUCCUUCAGCACCCCCACCCCUGAGCAGGAGAACUCACGCAUCCGCAAACUGGAGAAGCUAAUCAAGAAGAGACUCUGAGCGCACACACAAACCCACACACAUAGUUCCAGUAAUACAUCACAAAUACUUCCUCCUGUUCUAUUUGAUCAUAAUGGAGGACUGCCAGUGGAGUAAAGACAUGAUUGUGUAAUUUCAGUUACAUGAAUUAUGAACCUCAUGAUUUCAAUGUAAUUAUGAGGACAUUUCCUUAAGGGCAAUAGCUGUUGCAUAUAUUUCUCCUUUACUUCUGUAUUUCUUUUCUGCUUUUUUUCCUGGGUUUUGUAAAUGUAUAUCAUACACACAGUAUAUUUUAGCAGUAGUGGUGGACAGUACUGUUGAGCUACUACACAGGGAUGCAAAAUCCACAGAGAAGCAAAAUUAGUGGAAACUAUUAAAGUACUCCGGCAUUCAUCAUAUUUAUGUGCUACCUGCAUUCUGAGAUAUCAGUGCGGUAUCAUGCCUUUCAAAGCUAUGGAGACAGUGCUGUACCUUGUUUUCUUGAUUUAUUAUAUAGGCUAUGAAUCAAGUAACCUGUUUUCUCUGGACCAGGGGUGUCCAAACAGUUCCACAGAGGGCUGAGUGUCUGCAGGUGUUCACUCUCACCAUGUGCUUGAUUGACUAAUUAGGUUACUAAUUGGUUAGUUUCUACCCUCACCUGCAUCAGCAUGCAUUGCUGUCUCCACCUUCCAUGGUUAAGCCACUAGGUCUGAGACAAAGAGGAUCUUGGGAUUUCCUGUGUUUGCAGUUAGACACAAACCAGUUUCUCUGCCUUCUUGACAGACCCCCAAGGUUGGCCUGGAAAUUAGAACCAGCCCAAUGUGAGGGUGUUUGUCCAUAUUUAUUUAAUCUCUAUUUUGCAUUGUAAUUCCCUGCUGUACAGCCCUCUGAGUGUUCCAUAAAUGUCAAUCUGAACAAUGUAAUAGUCUGAAUGGAUUGUAGAUUUGAUUACAUGGAAAAGUAGUAAAUAUGUCAAUUGCUUGUUUGUAUAGCAUAUGUUCACUGUUGUACAAGGAUAUAUUGUAAAAUUAUAUAUUGUUUGUUGAUUAA